CUGACUUGUCUAAGAUUACGGAGCUAGUGAAUAUCUGAGGUUGGAUUUGAACUCAGGUCUUCCUGACUUCAGGAUCAGUGCUCUAUCUUCUGAGUCCCUGGGGCACAUUCUGAGAUCAUAAACUAUUGAGAUCCAUCCAGUGGUCUCUCUGAGUGUUUGAGGUUAUCUCUGUCUACGUAUGUCGAUCCAGUCGAAUAAUGGAGAUGAGAAACACUAUGUGUUCAGAUGCAUGCAUGCAGGCAUCACACACAGUGCUCUACCAUAGUACCAUGGUUUGUUUAUUAUAUAGGUUUUCAGGUACAUACUUCUUUGACACACAAUCAAUUUUCUACAUAUGUGAUAUUCUACAUUCUGAUUAGAUAUUAUCAAAUCACCUAAACAACACUCUUGUGACAUUACUACAACAAAGAAUUCUGUGAUCAUUCCCUGUUUCUACAACAAUAGGUGAUGUAUAUGAAUAAAGUCAUUUGUAAGUUAGUACCCCUUGACCUGCUGAGAGGAUCAUUGUGCUUUUGAUUAGCUUUCACUAUCAAUCACAAUUGCUUAGGAAAUUAAUAACAAAACAUUUUCCUAUCUAGGUGCAAAGUUAAAAGGUGACUUAAAGCAGACCAGAUUUCAGGUUUUCCUCAGUUUACAAGUUCUGUUUUUCUUGUGUUACUUUGAAGUGCCUAGCAAUGCUGCCUGGUUUCUGUUCAUCAACAAAUUCAUUGGAGUAUGAUAACUGUAAGGAAAGAUUUAUUAUGGUGCUCAAGCAUUUGGCCAGUGAUUAUUGUAGUGCCUUGGAGCAUAUCUGUGCUUGAGAAAGGAGGGGUUAUGGGCAAUAAUCUUUGGGCUUUAAUUCCGUAAUUGCAAUCUUUUGGGGGUAAUAGUCUAGGGGGAUUAAAGUGGGGGGUAUAUGUGUAUUGAUACUAUAAGUAUUUGCUCUCAUUAUUUUGCUUGUAUUGGGGAGAGACUAAUAAUCAUAACAACUCCAUUAGUAGGGAAAGUUGGAGAGAGAAGUCACAGAAGAGGGGUUAGCAAGGGGCUUUUUGUUCUCAGAGGGCUGCUUUGCAGUUCUCUGGCUUCCCAUUGUGACUGUGUCAACCAGUGGGAGUCUGUUGGCUCCCCACAAUAAACUAGCCACUUAACAAACCUCUAUUGGGUCAUUUAAUGUUUUCAUUCUUCCUAAGAGUUAUUGAUAACAUUUUCCCAUAUAAGAAGUAAACAAUUUGACCUUGUUGAGUCCCUUAUAAUUGGUCUUUCAUGUUUACCUCCAACAAUUCUUAUAGAUCACAUUUUCUUCUGAAUUCUACCUCUGGGGCUUGUGACUUGUUGAUUUUUCAGUGUUUGCUCCUAUAACCAGAUGAUGCUGAGGCCAGAGAUAUCAGAGAUCCCUCUUCCAAGCUGUGCCCUGACUGCUUUGCUUCACUCCCUAUUUAUCACUGAUUCUGUGGAGUUAUUUCUGAUUGUCUGUGAGGGAGCUUGGAGAGUGAGUUAGUCUCAUGCCUUACUCUUCCAUCUUCCCACAUCCCCUCCCCGGGUCUAGUUUUGUAGAGGAAAAACUGGAGGGCAUCACAUAUUUAAAAAAAACCAAAACACUAAGGUCAUUAAUUCCUGGGAGUGGCUUCUUGUAAAAGGCAGGACUUUAGGUGAACUUGAAGAAAGUCAGGGAAGUCAGGAAACAGUAUUCUGCUGAUCUUCCAGUUUUGCUCCUCAUUGGGGUUAUUUCAGAUAUCUUUUCUCAUUAAGUAUGACUUCUUUCAGUAUCUACCUUCUAAUCUAUUGUGGAGACAGGCACAUUUCCCCUUAGAUCCCCUCAUUCUGGAUCCAUACUAUGCAUUGGGCUCAAAGCACUUCUUCUGGUGACUUACUCCCUUAUAGUUCUCUCAUCUCUCCAUCCUCUGUAUCGUCUCUGGCUUACUAUGAGUGUCCCAAAGGGUGCUGUCUUCAUUUUGCCAUUUCAAAUCCUCCAGAACCUCUUUCUUACCUUUCUAACUUUCUUACCUUUGACUCUACUCCAUGCACUGGAUGACCUGGUCUCAAUAGUCUCCUUGCUGUUCCUCACACAUGACACUGUCUACUUAUUCUUAACAUUUGUACUAACUGUCCUCCAUGCCUAGAAUGAUCUCCUUCCUUCCCACUUCUGGUUUCCUUCAAGUCUUAGCCUAAAUUCCACCUUUUGUAGGAGGAUGUUCCCAGUUCUCCUUUCUUUAUAGCUGCAUGUACCAAUCUCUUUCAGAUUCCUUCACAUACUCCCUAUAUCUCUUUUAUGUGGCUCAAUAUUUAUACAUUGUCUCUUUUGUUAAAAUGUAAUUUCUCUUGAGUGUAUGUAGGUCUGUAUUUUUCUUUCUUUGCAUCCCUCCUUCUUAGCAAAAUACCCAGCAUAUCUUAAUCUCUUAGUAAGUUCUUGUUAAGUAACAUAUUGAUUGCAGUCUCUAAAAUCCCUUCUAGAUUUGUGUCUGAGAGGAUCUGACUUCUUUUCUGCCCCCUUCUUCCAGAUGACUCCAGGAAGGUGGAGUGAACUGGGGAACUACUCAGAGGGGACUGAGUUCAUUCUGAUGGGUAUCACAGAUCUUCGUGGCCUGCAGCUCCUGCUAUUUGCUGUCCUCCUGCCCACUUACCUGUUGACCUUGCUGGGCAACUUGUUCAUCAUGGUCCUCUCCCUGGCAGACCAACGCCUACAAAUCCCCAUGUAUUACCUCCUGAGGAAUUUCUCUCUGCUGGAGAUGGGCUUCACCUCAGCCGUCACUCCCCAGGUUCUCAGCCACCUUCUCACAGGCCAGAAGACCAUCUCCCUUCCCAGAUGCUUCUCCCAAAUGGUCCUUUAUUUUAUCCUGGGAACUGUAGAGUUCUUUCUAUUGGCUGUAAUGUCUAUGGACCGGUACCUAGCCAUCUGCUAUCCCCUGAGGUACCCAGCCCUCAUGACCAGCCGGACCUGCCUGGGACUGGUGCUGGGCUGCUGGGCUGGGAGCUUUCUCUUCAUCUCUGGGCCUUGCAUCUGGCUAUUUCUCUUGCCACUCUGUGGUCCAAAGGUACUCAACCACUUCUUCUGUGACAGCACUCCCCUGCUGGCUCUGGUGUGCACUGACACCAGGCCUCUGCAGCUGUUUGCCUUCCUGGUGGCUGUGUGUACCCUGGCUGGUGCCCUUGCUGUGACAGCAGCAUCCUACACCUGCAUCAUCUGGACCCUCCUACACUUGCCCUCUGCCCAGGGCCGGCACAAGGCCUUCUCUACCUGCUCCUCCCACCUCCUGGUGGUCUCCAUCACCUAUGGCAGCUGCAUCAUCAUGUACCUCAAUCCCACCCUGACAGGAAGGCUGGACCUCAACAAGGGGGUGGCCUUCUUCAACACCACUGUUGCCCCACUGUUGAACCCUUUUAUCUAUUGCCUGAGGAACAAGCUGGUGCAGCAGGUCAGCAGAGAUAUGUUGGUCAGAGGAAGGGGGCCUUCUCGGCACCUCAGAGUUUGACCAAGGGGCCCUGGGACCUUCUAGAGGUCAGAACAUGGAGGAAGAGGAGAAUGGAAGAUGAUGGUACAUGAGACAGGAACAAAGUCUUUGGAACCCAAAGGUCUCAGUCUGAGGCUCAGCUCUUACACUUAAUACUGGCUGAUCUUGGACAAGUCUCCUCUCUUUUCAUGGUCUCCACGAAAUGACGUAACUGACUAAGGUGAUGUCUAAGGUCUCUUCCAAAAUAAAAUUGCUGUAAUUCUUUUUGAGGGCAGAACUUGUCAAGGAAGAGGGCAGGGAUAGGCAUGGAGAGAGAGAGAGACAGAGACAGACACAAGAGAGAGGCAGACAGAGGAAAUGGAGAGUGUAGGAGACUGGAGGACAGAGAGAUGAUAGAAAGAAAGAAAAUGAGAGACAAAUAAUGGGGGAUUAAUGUGAAAGGAAGGAAAGUGGAUAAAAAACAGAGUGGUAAAGGUAAGGGAUAGAAUGGAGAGCUCAAUAAAAGGAUAGAAAAGAAAUGAAAGAGAAGGAAUUGGAUGGAAAAACAAGGUUGGGGGAGAAGAUGUAGAAAUGAGAGAAGAGAAAGGACUGCCAGGAGGAAGAGAGAAAGACAGAGAGGGAAGCCUUGCAAAAUUAUAGAUUAUGCCGACUACCUCUGCCAAAUGAUUCAUUUUAGAAAUGAGGAAACUGAAGCCCAAAGAGGUUGAGGGACUUCUCUGAUGUCUCAUAACCAGUAAGAGGCAGAGUGGGAUAGGAACACUGAUGUAUGAAGCUCUCCGACAGUUCACUGGGUUACUUCAUCAGGUGAAGGUGGCAGAAUCUUGGCAGAUGAUGACCACUACUGGGGAGCCAUAGGCUGCUUACCAAAGUCACUUCCUGGAGGGGAAUGAAUGGAUACCAGUUUACACAGCUGCUGAAAGCUAAACACAACACAACACAACACAAUAUGGGACCCAGGUGCACAGAGUCCUGCACCCACCAUUCAUUAGAAGGCUAGGAAGGAAGGGGCUACUUACAAUUCCUGAUUCCAGUCAAAGUAGAAGUUAUCUAGUUCACAGAAGUCUCUAGGUCCCCAGAGAAGCUCGAGUAGAGUUUGGGUGUAGUGGGGGGCUUCUUCCAAUGCUAACCAAAGGAGAUACCUUUUGCCAUAGCAGGAGAAGGAUGCUCGACAAAGAUAUUGAGUGACCACAUCUCGCUAUUUGAGCUAAGUGCAUUUUCCCUGCCCCAGUGUUGCCUAAUAUGGUCCUCUGG